GCAUUCCCAUGUGCCUAUGUCACCGUAACGGAGCAUGGACCACAUCUCACUCCACCCCCAGAAUAGGAACUGCUCCGAUCCAAAACACUAACGGCCUCUCUUAAUCUCCGCCCUCCGAUCACACUUUCUCUGUAAUUAGAAAUUACAUUCCCGUUUUCCUCAGAUCAUUCCCCCUGGCCUUAAGCUCACGAUGUUCUUCUCACCUUCACUUUUCACUCAUUAACUGCAUGUGUAUGUGUAUAUAUAUAUAUACGUGUGUGUCAGUAUGUAUCCACGAACAUAGCUAGACGACUCUAGAGAUCAGAGAUGAAAGAGUACCUGAGAAGACCUGAGGGAAUGGGGGAGACGGGCGGGAAUCGAGCUGGUUUGAAGUCGAGAGCUCCGGAGGUUUCGCUCUGCUGCUCGUCGAGCAAACGAAGGAAGGUCAGUUCUCAAUGCGGUAAUGAUGGAGCUCGAGAUGAGGUUGCGUCGUCGGAUAAUUCGGUUUCUCCGGCGGUUGUUUGUGAAGCUGUAACGUCGAAAUGUUCGAGUUGCGAAUCAAGCGAGUCCGUUAAGGAGGAUUUGAGAAACAUAGAUCUGAAGGCGAAGGAUUAUGAAGAGUUCGUAGCUGACAAUUCAGGUUCUAUGAACAACGGAAUGAGUGAGACGCCUCCAUCAAGCGAGCUUUGCGGAGAUUCAAUAGCAGAAAUGGAGUCCUCAUCAUCGACCGCCAAAAAGAAGUCACCGGAGGCGGAUUCUCGUCGGAAACCUGCAGAUGCCGCGAAGACGCCAUCAGCUGCGGAGAUCGAGGAGUUCUUCUCCGCGACGGAAAAGUACGUGCAAAAAAGAUUCGCGGAAAAGUACAACUACGAUAUUGUGAAGGAUGUGCCAUUGGAGGGGCGCUACCAGUGGGUUCGUUUGAAGCCAUAAAACCAAGUCUGGAAAAUUUGUGAUGAUGAGGCUGGGAUUGAUGUCAGUCUAAACGAUAACACGAUCCGCAUUGCUCUCCAUCUUUACCUUUCGUCUCAGAUAGUCACAGACCCACCUAAUAAUAGAACGAACCACUCAAAUAAUACAUGGUACGGUCACACUAUAAUUGUUUGUUUUUCUUUUUUCCCCUUUUAUUUACGCGCUGCUUUGCCUGAAUUAUAAUAAGCUGCCAAGCUAGAUUAUGUAAUGCAUGUGUACAUGCAUUAUUCCAACUCUAUCCCACUUUUACGCAAGCAAGUCUGUUGCGUAGAUCUGAGCCUAUAAAUCAUAUUGAGAUUUAAGAAGCUUCUACUACUGAU